CGGAAGGGGCGGGCACUGCGCCCGGUGGGGCUUUCGCGCCAUGGCUUCUCGCGGCGUCGUUGGCCUCUUCUUGCUCUCCGCUCUCCCUCUCUUGUGUCUGGAGCUCCGGCGCGGGAUCCCGAGCCUCGGAAUUAAAGAUCUCCUCUUGCUGAGUGGCCGGGUAUUCCUGUUGCUUGCUCUGCUGACCCUCGUCAUUUCUGUGGCCACCUCCUGGUUUAACUCACCUAAACCUUCCCGAGUUCACAUCAAAGAAGGAGAAGAGAAUGAGAAAAGGCAACGACUCGUGAGGAAAAAGCAACAGGAGGCUCAGGGUGAGCAGGCCAGCAGAUAUGUACAGAAUGUUUUAAAACCUCAGCAGGAAAUGAAAUUGAAGAGACUAGAAGAACGGUUUUAUCAAAUGACAGGCGAAACCUGGAAGUUAACUACGGGCCACAAACUCGAGGGGGAUGAAGAUUUGGUGCUUGGAAAUUCGAGCCAGACAUCUUUUGAAACAGCAAACAGGGAAGCAGCCAGAAGACGGAACUUGCCCAAGCUUUUAACUGAAGUCUCACCACCUGCUCCACAGCCCGCCAAGAAGGAGGUUCCUGAUUUACCUGACGAACCAUCAGAAACAGCUGAGGAGGUAGUUACUGUUGCCCUUCGAUGCCCAAGUGGGCGUGUUUUGAGGAGGAGAUUUUUGAAGUCUUGGAAUUCACAGGUCUUAUUUGACUGGAUGAUGAAAAUUGGGUACCACAAAUCCCUAUACAGCCUUUCCACUUCCUUUCCCAGACGACCUCUGGAAGCGGACGGAGGCUUGUCACUGGAGGACAUAGGGAUAACUGUGGACACUGUACUUAAUGUGGAAGAGAAAGGACAGAGUGGCCAGUAAAAUCAGAACUACCUGUUGUCCUUCAAGUCGUUGUAUGACCUCACUGGCAGCGUUCACAUUAAAGGCAUGAUGCUGUACGUUGUGCUCUUGUUCAUAGGAGCAUACCUACACACAAUGGAAGAGGAUUGCUUGAUUUGGAAAGCUUUGUGGACUGUACCAUCUUACAACAAGGUAAAAAGGAUGUAAGACAUCUGAUAGGUCUGAGCCAGGCAAGGGGGCACAUGCCUCCUGGAAAGUCUGAGUUAGACCGUCUUAAACCAACUAGCUGAUAAAGAACUGUGAUUUCUGCUUCUUGAAUCUACAGUAUUUAACAAUUCAGCCAAACCCUUCAAAUCUUCAAGUGGGAAUACUGAUUCCACUGUAUUUCUAAAAACUUAAAAAAAAGACUUUAAAGAAAUUUCAGAGUGGACUGAUUCUAUGUAAUUGUGACCUAAAUCUGAGGGUGAAGUUUUUGCCACAGGAACUUUGGGGAACACACUUUUACUGGAAGUCAGAGUUUGAGCUUAUUUUUGCUCUCAAAGUUUUUGACAACAGCUGUGGCUACAAGCUAGAGAUUCUGACCAAUUAGUUUUUUGGGUGUAGAGGUGAAUCUGCUCUACCUGGACCAAAGGUCAGAGAAUUCAAGUCUGUUCCUUCUAUCAUGUUAAUAAAGUCUGUUGCUCCUCCUCCUCCCCUGUUAGAAAAUAAACGAGGCGGAUUCAGUAUCCACUGAAUGUCCCUCC